AUGCAGGAAAUGAGUCAAGGGGCGUCGACGAUCGGGGCGGGGCAGAAGGCGAGAAGCCCCCCUAAAUUUUUACAUAAGGGCGAAGACAGGGGGAAAAUGUGCAAAGGAAUUGACACCGCCGACGGAGGAUGCUGGGGCGCCCGAUACACUCUGUGCCUUCUGCUUUUUCUGGGCAUCACGCUGAUCUACAUGACGCGGGUGUGCCUCUCCAUUGCCAUCGUUGCCAUGGCCGGCACCAGCGUGGGGGCAAACAAUUCCUCGACGAACAUCUGCCCUUACCCCGCCGGCUGGAACGACACCGUGGGCGAGGCUC